AUGUGCGUGUGUGCGGGCUGCCGGGCUGCCCCGAGCCGGCGGGGAGCCGGUCCGCUCCAGGUGGCGGGCGGCGGGAGCGAGGGAGCGGACAUGGACUUCGACUCGUACCAGCACUAUUUCUACGACUACGACUGCGGGGAGGAUUUCCACCCCUCCACUGCGCCCAGCGAGGACAUCUGGAAGAAAUUCGAGCUGGUGCCGUCGCCCCCCACGUCGCCGCCCUGGGGCUCCGGUCCGGGCGCCGGGGACCCAGCCUCUGGGAUCGGUCCCCCAGAGACGUGGCCCGGAGGGGGAGCCGGGGACGAGGCGGAAUCCCGGGGCCACUCGAAAGCUUGGGGCAGGAACUACGCCUCCAUCAUCCGCCGCGACUGCAUGUGGAGCGGCUUCUCGGCCCGGGAGCGUCUGGAGAGAGUGGUGACCGACCGGCUCGCCCCCGGCGCGCCCCGGGGGAACCCGCCCAAGGCGCCCGCCGCCCCGGACUGCACGCCCAGUCUCGAAGCCGGCAACCCGCAGCCCGCCGCCCCUUGUCAGCUGGGCGAGCCCAAGACCCAGGCCUGCUCGGGGUCUGAGAGCCCCAGUGACUCGGAGGGAGAAGAAAUCGACGUGGUGACAGUGGAGAAGAGGCAGUCUCUGGGUAUCCGGAAGCCGGUCACCAUCACCGUGCGAGCGGACCUCCUGGACCCCUGCAUGAAACACUUCCACAUCUCCAUCCACCAGCAGCAGCACAACUAUGCUGCCCGCUUCCCUCCCGAAAGCUGCUCCCAAGAAGGGGCCCCGGAGGGGGCACCCCCAGAAGAAGCUCUGGACAGAGACGCUCCGGAGGAAAAGGAAGACGAGGAAGAGGACGACGAGAUGGUGAGCUCCCCGCCUGCAGAAAGCCAGGCUUCCCAGUCCUGCCACCCCAAACCCAUCAGUUCCGAUUCGGAGGACGUGACCAAGAGGAAGAACCACAACUUCCUGGAGCGCAAACGAAGGAAUGACCUCCGAUCGCGGUUCUUGGCCUUGCGGGACCAGGUGCCCACCCUGGCCAGCUGCUCCAAGGCGCCCAAGGUAGUGAUCCUCAGCAAGGCCUUGGAAUACUUGCAAGCCCUGGUGGGGGCCGAAAAGAGGAUGGCUACGGAGAAGAGGCAGCUCCGAUGCCGGCAGCAGCAACUGCAGAGAAGAAUCGCGUACCUCAGCGGCUACUAACUGACCAAAACCAGCCCGACUGGUCUUGUCCUACAAAGACACAAGCUUAUUUUUUAACCUCCUUCUCUCCCCUUUAAUAAUUUGCACAUUUGGGUUCUGGUGGGACCGGCAGAACAGUGGCUCCCAGAAUGCAUUGCAGCCGGCGCACACACAAUAGGGGCUUGCAUUCUUGGAAACCUCCAAGCCCAGCUCUCCCCCGACUCUGAGGGAGUGCUGUGUCUUCUCUGGCGCCCCCCGGUUUCUCCACAUGCGGCUGACCGAGGAGCCUUGGGGUCUGCCUAGCUCACUAGCUCAGAAGAAAAAGGCUGACAGAUGCUAUGCAACAGGUGGCCGACGUUGUCGGGGGGCUCGGGCUGGCAUGAAAUCUCACACUCCGCCUGAGCUUUAGCUGGGAAAGGAUGCUCCCGCUGGUGUCUCUGGGGGUGAUGCAAGGACAGCUGGGCCUGGACGCUCUCCCUGAGGCUCUUUUUUCCGGGAGACACUCGAGCUGUCUUGGGUGAAGACAAGCUCGCAAACUGGAUCAACAUGGACCAUUACCUCACUGUCAGACACUUUACAGUAGCUGAGGAGUGGAAACCUUUAAUUUAUGUAUCACCGUGUCACACGACACCCCUCCUCCCACCCUCAGGGCUGCGACCCCGAGAGCACUGGCAGAGUUCUGCUUCUAGAGUCUUUAUGGGGGGGAGGGGGACCUUUCUGUCCUCCAAGGGACUUUUUUUGGUUUCUUUCUGUCUUCGUUAUGCAACGGCCUCUCCGGCACCCUUUCCCAUAGGUCAAAAAUAUUUCGCCAAGACACAGGGAAAUAAGACCUAGCCUGGGGUGGGGCCUGGGGAGAGCUUGGAGUCCUGGCUUAGGAUCCUGUUCCCUGACCAGGUGUUUUCCAAGGGGCACUUGAAGCCCACCUGGGAAUCUUUUCUCCAUGCAGAUGUAAGGCACCUCUGAAGGGAGAACUCCACCACUUCCUCUUUCCCUGCCUCUCAUCUUAAUCCUUGACGGAUAAGUUCGAAGUUCUAGUGGAACUGUGCAAACCGGUCCACAUGCAACUUUAAGGAGUUUGCUGGCUCUGCAGCCACCAGCUUGGGUCCCUGCCAGCCUGCCAUGAGUCAGAUCCCUUUCCCAGGGUCUGGGCCUAACUGAAGUUCUGGGGGGGAGCUGCUGGGUCUCCUCCAGGACCCCAGAAGGUAGACUUGCUUCCCUGUGUGUUUUAAAGGAGCUUCUAGGCAUUCUGCUUAGCCGACCAUGAUGGGUUUUGCCCCAGCUGGACUCUGUAGCUCCAAGUCAAAUCCAAGUGCAGCCUCCAAUUUGGGAAAGCCACCAACUCAGCAGGUGACAUGUGGACAACCUCAGGAACCCCUAAGCCUGACAUGGAAGAAGGAGCAGCCCCUCCAGACCUCUGCCCUGGACAGCAGGUGCCUACUGGCUCUGGGUUUGGAAGUGGGGGAGGGGAGGUGGUAGGCACUGCUCUGACUCUACAAAACCAGCUGCUACUUCCAAACCUACUGGUCAGCAUGGUCUCUUUCUGAGGCUGUGUGCUGGCCUUGGAGAAACCCAGGGGAGUUUUGGAAACAGCCCCUCUACCUUCUAGAGCAUGACUUUCAGGAGCCAACUGACUUCUGGAACUCUCUUUGGAGGACAGCUGGGGUGUAGGUGACUGAUGUCUCAACUGAAUAGCUUGUGUUUUAUAAGCUGCUGUUGGGUGUUAUGCUGGGGGGAGUAUUUUUUUUAUACUGUAUUUUUGUAUGCCUUUUGCAAAGUGGUGUAAACUGUUUUUGUACAAGAAAAAAAAAAAAACUCUUGGGCAAUUCUCCUGUUGCAAGGAUCUGAUUUAUAUUGAAAGGCAAGUUUAACUGAAAUUUUGUAUUUAGUUGUGGUUAUUGAUUGCCUGAUUUUAAAAUGUUGC